AUGUCGGGGAAGCCCAGGCUGAUCUACUUGGAUGGCAGGGGGCGGAUGGAAUCCACACGAUGGCUGUUGGCAGCAGCUGGUGUGGAGUUUGAGGAAGUUUAUCUGGAAACUAGAGAGCAAUAUGAAAAGCUAAUCAAAGAUGGAGACCUGAUGUUCCAGCAAGUGCCGCUGGUUGAGAUGGAUGGAAUGAAGCUGGUGCAGACCAGAGCCAUCAUGAGCUACAUAGCAGGGAAAUACAAUCUCUAUGGGAAAGACUUGAAGGAGAGAGCCCUGAUUGACAUGUAUGUGGAAGGAGUAACAGAUCUGAUGCUAAUGAUUUUGAUGUUUCCUUUCUCUCCACCUGAGGCAAAAGAGAAAAAUCUUGACUCACUUAAGGACAGGGCAAUUAACAGAUAUUUCCCAGCCUUUGAAAAGGUUUUGAAACAACAUGGCCAAGACUUUCUUGUGGGCAACAAAAUGAGCUGGGCAGAUGUUCAGCUAAUUGAAGCUAUAUUAGCAGUGGAGGAGAAAAUACCUGCUGUGCUGUCGGGGUUUCCCCAGUUGCAGGCUUUUAAAAAAAGAAUGAGCAAUGUUCCUACAAUUAAGAAGUUUCUGCAGCCUGGCAGCCCGAGGAAACCCCCGCCAGAUGAACGCUACGUAGCAACUGUGAAGAGGGUGUUCAAGAUAUAA